ACGAGAGCAACAGCAGUGGGCGGAGGAGCUCUUCCAGCAGGGAGUGUUUGAAGAGGAGCCCACGGAGCCCGAAAGCAGAGGGCUCCGAUUCGGUGACAUCUCAGUCCUCACCCAGUGAAGAGGCUGGAAUGAUGACUGAGGUGAAGGUGAAAACAGAGGUACCAGAUGACUAUAUUGAAGAGGUGAUCUGGCAGGAUGACACCAAAGAUUCCAAGAAGAACAUAAAAGAUGGGCCGGGAGACGUGCCCGCGGAGAUCUGCGUGGUCAUAGGUGGGGUCCGCAACCAGCAGACACUCGAUGGAAAAGCAGUGGAAUGUGCCUCUCCUGUUGGAUAUACACGAAAUCGAUAUUCAGGGACCUGGAUUUUUGACCAUGCAUUGAGAUACACGUCUGGGUCUUACGAGUGUGGAAUAUGUGGGAAGAAAUACAAGUAUUACAACUGUUUCCAGACCCAUGUGCGAGCGCACAGAGACACUGAAGCUGCCUCAGGUGAAGGAGCCUCACAAGGCAGUGCCCCUCUGGCUGCGGAAAGGGAGAAGAAGCCUCUCUCCAGAGCUGUCUUUGUGCUGCCCUGGAUGGAAUCCACAGAAACAAACAAUUUUAGGUACACGUGUGACAUUUGUGGGAAAAAAUAUAAAUAUUAUAGCUGCUUCCAAGAGCACAGAGACCUACAUGCCGUGGAUGACCCCUAUGACCAGGCCGUCAUAGCAGCAGAUGAAGUGAAGGAGGAGGAGCCGGAACCGUUCCAGAAGAUUGGUCCAAAAACUGGCAAUUACACCUGUGAAUUCUGUGGCAAGCAGUACAAGUACUACACUCCCUACCAAGAACACGUGGCACUGCAUGCACCUAUUAAGUUCUCUCGAUCUCCACUCUUCGUGGCAGUGAAGACACAGGCGAACCAAUCCAGCAAAAAAACACCGGCCUCAAUAAACCGAUGUUCUACCCUCCUGCACCGCACCCCCUCUGGUGUCCCACCCGCAUCCCAAUCCCAGAUGUUCCGCGCUCCAAAUUCUGGAUCCCCAGGAAGCAAGGCCAUUACAGCAGAAAGUGCUUUCAGCAGGAGAGUGGAAGGCAAAGCGCAAAACAACUUUGAAGAAACAAACAGCAAUUCCCAGAACUCCAGCGCUGUUCAUUCGGGAACAGAAAAGCCUAAAGAAAAGAGGUGUAAGCAGAACCCAUCAGAAACCGCAAGUCCCCUGAAUUCAAAUCCCUUCCCGAUUUUACAAAAGCCUUACACCUGUGGAGCUUGUGGAAUCCAGUUCCAGUUUUAUAACAAUCUCCUGGAGCACAUGCAGUCCCACGCAGCUGACAACGAGAACAACAUUGCCUCUAGCCAGCCCAGAUCACCUCUAGCCGUUGUUGAAGAAAAGUGGAAACCACAGCUCCAAAGAAAUAACGCCAACAAUACAUCAGCAAGCGGCUCGGUCGGGAACAGCGUGAUCCCGGAGAAGGAGCGGCAGAACAUUGCGGAGAGGCUGCUGAGGGUGAUGUGCACUGACCUGGGGGCACUGAGCGUGGUGAGUGGGAAGGAAUUCAUCAAGCUAGCCCAGACCCUGGUGGACAGUGGAGCUCGCUAUGGUGCCUUCUCUGUCACCGAAAUCCUUGGCAAUUUCAACACGCUGGCUCUGAAGCAUUUGCCUCGGAUGUACAACCAAGUGAAGGUGAAGGUCACCUGCGCGCUGGGCAGCAACGCAUGCCUUGGCAUCGGAGUCACCUGCCACUCGCAGAGCGUCGGCCCCGAUUCCUGCUACAUCCUGACGGCCUAUCAGGUGGAAGGCAACCACAUAAAGAGCUACGUCCUGGGAAUUAAGGGCGUAGACAUUCGAGAUAACGGUGAUUUUAUCCACCACUGGGUACAGAACGUGCUGUCGGAGUUUGUGAUGUCAGAGAUCAGGACGGUGUACGUCACGGACUGCAAAGUCAACUCCUCCGCGUUCUCCAAGGCAGGCAUGUGCUUGCGUUGUUCGGCCUGUGCCUUGAACUCGGUAGUGCAGAGUGUGCUGAACAAGCGAACGCUACAGGCUCGCAAUAUGCACGAAGUGAUCGAGCUCCUGAAUGUCUGCGAAGAUCUGGCAGGAUCCACGGGCCUCUCGAAGGAGACCUUUGGCUCCCUGGAAGAGACCUCUCCCCCUCCCUGCUGGAACUCGGUCACCGACUCCCUCCUGCUGGUCCAUGAGCGCUACGAGCAGAUCUGUGAGUUCUACAGCAGGGCCAAGAAGAUGAACCUCAUCCAAAACCUGAACAAGCACCUGCUCAGCAACCUGGCGGCCAUUCUGGCGCCGGUGAAACAGGCUGUGAUCGAGCUGAGCAACGAGAGCCGGCCCACCUUGCAGCUGGUGCUGCCCACCUAUGUCAAACUGGAGAAACUCUUCACUUCCAAAGCUAACGAUGCUGGCGUGGUCAGCAAACUCUGCCACCUCUUCUUGGAGGCGCUGAAGGAGAACUUCAAAGUUCAUUCGGCGCACAAGGUAGCCAUGAUCUUAGACCCUCAGCAGAAGCUGCGGCCCGUUCCACCCUACCAGCACGAAGAGAUCAUCGGCAAGGUCUGUGAGUUGAUCAAUGAGGUGAAGGAGUCCUGGGCAGAAGAAACAGAAUUUGAACCUUCAACCAAGAAGCCUCGGGCAGCAGGGGAAGCCACAGCAGCUCAGGAAGAAGAUUGGUUCGGGAAAAAUGAAGUCUAUGAUUAUUUGCAAGAACCUCUCUUCCAGGCCACCCCUGACCUGUUUCAGUACUGGUCGUGUGUUACACAAAAGCAUACGAAACUAGCCAAGCUAGCCUUUUGGCUCUUAGCAGUGCCUGCUGUUGGUGCCAGAAGCGAAUGUGUAAAUAUGUGUGAGCAGGCUCUCUUAAUCAAAAGGAGACGGCUACUCAGUCCAGAAGACAUGAACAAACUCAUGUUUUUGAAGUCCAACAUGCUUUAAGACUGUCUUUUAAUUAAAACAAAACUUUAAAACACUGUUCCAAACAAAGAAAAAGAAUUUUAAGUUCUAAACACUGUGGACCUCAUUAUGAAUGCCCCUGGAAACCAAGUGCUUUUUUAUAUAUAUAUAAAAAUAUAAAUAUAUAUAAAAUUAAGUUUGAAAGGAAAGCUGAGCACGGGAGAGAGACAGCCCUCUGCCAGGAACGUGCUCCUUUCCAUAGAUAGUGUGUGGACUUGACAGACUUUCUAAUGUUUUCAAGUGGGCAGACCAAUGGGAGGCUGAUGUUCUAAAGUCUUCAGGCAGCUGAGAUCUAAAGUGACUUGAAGUUUCUUUUGUUUCUCCUCCACCCCACCUUUCCUCUUGUCCCCUGGGCCAUCUUGCCAUGGAUAAUCAGACUACAUUGAACAGACCAGUUCUGCACUGGACUUUGCUCCUUUGAAUAACUCUACACCUUGAGGGCAUUUGUCUGCAGCCUUCUUGACACACGGUGCAUGUUAUCAGGGCAGCUGUGUUUUAUGAACACCAGUAUCUUUAGAAAUCAGGAAGGGAGACUUUAAGGGUUUUUUUUUCUAAUUUUAUUUGUAACACAUACAGUUUUUGCAAAAAAGAAAAGUUACUCUUCUCUCUCCACUCCCAGUUUUGAGUUUAACAUGUUAGCUAGUGAUUAUAAGCUUGAUUUAAAACUGAGAGAAACGGUUCAUGGCAGAAAAUGUC